CAAAAGGACUGGAGAUUUGAAGAAGCAUUUAUAGAAAAGGAAUACCUGGCGCAUUAUGGAUUUAUAUGUCAACUAGCCUUAACUCAAAGAAGUGCCACCUACCUGAUUUAAUCUCAUUGGCAGAAUCAACUAUGCAUCAUCUCCUAAGACUUGUUUUGGAACAGAAAGACCUUUCACGUGCUGGGGAACUCUUUUCUCUGGACGAUUGUGAAAUAGAAGGCUGCCUAUCCGAAGCGCUUGAGCAAAUCAAACUAAUUAGUUCAUCUCCUGACUACCAGACGAAUGACAAUGACCAAGCAGUUGUGGAGAUUUGUAUCACUCGAAUUACUUCAGCCAUCAGGGAGACUGAAUCCAUCGAGAAGCAUGGAAAAGCUCUUAUUGAUCUCUGGGAGUCGUGUUUAGAGCACAAUCUGAAACCUUUUUGUAAAGAUGAAGACACACCGCAUGCAAAGAUUGCCUCCGAUAUUAUGAGCUGCAUUUUGCAGAAUUAUAAUCGCCCUCCCAUCAUAGCUUUGGCUGUCCCAGUUGCAGUGAAGUUUCUCCAGAGAGGUAACAAAGAAUUGUGCAGGAAUUUAUCCAGUUAUCUCUCCCUUGCUGCAAUUAGCAAAGCAGAGUUGCUUGCUGAACAUACAGAAAUUAUUGUAAAAAGCAUCCUGCAAGGGAAUUCCACGUUGCUCCGUGUAUUGCCUUCUUUGUAUGAAAAGCAACAAGAACCUUUAAGCAACCACCUGAGAGAAUUGGUAGGACUGAUGCCUCAUCUGGAACCAUCUGAACAGCAACAUCUUCUACAGCUUUUGCUAACUGUUGCAAAGAAAAAACAGCCUAAGGUUCUCAAACAAUGUAUUUCUUCUCUAAUUGAUCACCUAAGAGAUCCUCUUUAUAAUGAUAUCAUCCUAGACAUAUUCAUAGAAAUAUCAGAUUAUGAACCGGAAUUGUUGGCCAAUUUACUGCCCAUACUGAAAGAAACUGGAGAGAGUUUUCCUAAUUUGAUAGGGCAAAUGGCAAAGAUUUUUGGAGCUGUUGGACAAGUUGAUGAGGAACAAGCUCGGAUUUGCCUGAUCUAUUUGCUUAAUCAGCUGGCCAACAUGGAACAUUCUUUCCAUCAUAUCAUUUUGUUGGAGAUCAAAUACAUCACUGACACCUUCUCCAACAUCUUGGGUAUCCAAAGCAGAGAUAUUUAUCGUAUGAGUAACAGUUUCACUGCUGUAGCUAAACAUCUCAUCCAACAGCUGAAAAAUAACACAAGGUCGGAAUGCAGGUCCCAAAGUUUAGUAGUGCAUGCUGGUCAUAUGAAGAAUAUCCAUGCAGACAGCAAAGGCGAAGGGGAGAAUGGAGAUGUUACAGCCAGCAUCUCUUUCACUGAUCUGUAUUUGAGCCAAGAAACCGACAAAUUGCCUUCCAGUGCAGGCUCUGAAGAGUCCCAGCUGGAACAAUCCUCAUUUUCACGCCCAAGUAUCAAAUGUUCAGAACCAGAGAAACUGCCAGAACCUGUUAAAGAAAACUGCCACAAAGAGAACCCAAAGACCAUAAAGAAUCCCAUGGAGUAUCAAGAUAAGCUUUACUUUCACUUAAAAGAAAAUCUCUGUAAAGUGAAAGCAUAUGUCAUGGAGAUGGGGAAGAAAAUUCCAUUCCCAGACGAGUGUCUUAUAGAAGAUACAGUUAAAAGUUGUGUAGCAAAGUUGUCCUUCAGCUGUCCCCUGAAAGGUCACUACUGCCUGUACAGUAAAUCCGGUUUUGCUCUCAUCAGUCACCAGCCUCAACUUUGGAUCCAUAUCAUGUUUCUCUUUCAGCAGGGCUUGUUUCCAGAACCAUUGUCCAUGCAGAAUAAUUCUUUGCAAGUUCUGAAGACCUUGUGGGAAAAAACUCAGCUUAAAGGAACACAUAGUUUUGAAACGGCAAUGGUGCAAUCUACAUUUCCACAUAAGAAGGAUCUGGACCACAUACAGUUACAUCUGGAAGAAGUGAGGUUCUUUGAUUUAUUCAGUUACAAUGAAGAAGCGAGGGCUUGGCAAUGUUUCAUGUGUAACAAUCCUGAAAAGGCAACAGUUAUGAAUCAAGAUGGCCAGCCACUGAUUGAAGGCAGGUUGAAAGAAAAGCAAAUUCGAUGGAAAUUCAUUAAACGAUGGAAGACUCGCUAUUUUACACUUGCUGGCAAUCAACUUCUCUUUCAGAAAGGAAAAUCUAAAGAUGAUCCAGAUGAUUGUCCCAUUGAACUGAGUAAAGUCCAGAGUGUCAAAGUGGUAGCCAAGAAGCGCCGAGAUCGCAGUCUUCCUCGGGCCUUUGAAAUCUUCACGGACAAUAAAACAUAUGUCUUCAAGGCCCAAGAUGAAAAGAAUGCUGAGGAAUGGCUACAGUGCAUUAAUGUGGCAGUGGUACAAGCUAAAGAAAGAGAAAGCAGAGAAGCAACCACAUAUUUGUAAGAACUAUAGAUUCGCUUAUGUUUUCUCAAAGAUCUUUUUCAGUCAUAGCUAGCUAUGUGGAGCAUCUCGAUAUCUGAAUUGGAAAAGAUAUUAUGUAGGCGUCGUAAUGUAUUUUGCAGUGAGAAAUGAUACCACUGACAUUUUUUUCCACAAUAUUC